AUGCCUGCACCCCCGCUUGAUAAGAUGCUUAAGGUCAUGGUCGAAAGCACUUCCCCUCGACCGGAAGAUGGCUGGACACUUGGCUGGGAUGUAGUCGUCUCGUACUCCGAGAAGGAAGUCAACGCGACCUUGAAAAAAGCUGGGAAAAGAAAUGCCCCGUGGAAGCAUCGGGACGAAAUGAUAACCAAAAUCGAAGCCAAAGUGUUCCUGGAUGUGUUUGGCAGUGACAGUGACAGCAGCGAUGACAGCAAAGAUAAACCGUUCCAGGCCUACAGGUUAGAUGUUCACGCACCAAUUAUCCAAUUCGUGUCAAAUGCACAGAUUCCCGCGGCAGACCUGGUCAUACCAGUGGCUUCAGGAACCUAUGAACGGUCUGAUAAGCCCGGCAAACUCCGUCAAUUGCACACGAAUGCGUACCAAAUUCGCAUCAAAGGGAUCCCUAUCGGCACAGUGACAGGCACGUACAAGGAUGUCAAGGGCAACCAACGCGCGGGCAAUCCCCUCGACGUGGAGCAGGGAGACAAAGAAUGCCUCUUCAGAAACAGUGCUCCAGAUCGAGCAGAAGAUGACUUCGAGGUAUCCUGGGUGGUGUUGAAUUUCCCCCUUCAACAACAAGGGCUCGUAGUGAAGGCAGAAAUUGUGCCUGGAUAUACCACCGACCCCACGAUUCAGAAAAGUUUGAAUAAGCACCUCAAGCACAUCCAAACAGCGUCCGAAACAUGGUUCGAGGGCACUCAAGAAAAUGGGCGUCACAGUUUCAACCUCAUCAGACAUGCCCUGGCGACGAUCAAAAAUAAGGCACUGCCCAAGCAGGAGGGCAUCAGUCUUGACCUAACGCCGAGCAAAUUUUCAAUGGCAACUUGCAGUGGUAGCUUCAUCGAGGAUCCGAUUCUCUCCCUUUUCAUUCAUGUCGUCGGGGGGAAGGAUCAGGGAGAAACGAAAGAUCUGCAAUCGGCCUGGCAGGGACAAUGGAUGACCGCCAAACCAGACAAGAUUGCCCCCAUACCUAAUGAUUACACCGCUUCUGUCCUGUUUCACCCCAAAAUCAUCGUCGAGAAUGUCCUUCUGCCCUCGAUGAUGGAAAAGGACCAGGAUGAUUGGAAGUUAGAACCACUCAGUGGUUAUGGAGGUGGCGGCAUCGCCGUGAAUGCUACCUGGAAGAAAAUUUUUGAUCUCGACUGGUUCUGGAUUCCAUAUGGGAGAAUUCUCGAUUCUAUGGGCGAGAAGAACCAAUUGAAAUUGGAGGUUUGCGGUCCAACUCCGAAGGAUCUUCAAAACAAAACCACCUUCUCUAUUGAUCACGACUUUCCUCUCGAGAUCAAAACUACGGACUACGAUGCCACCUUUGACAUCAACACGGAGGGAAUGGAAAGUCAUUGGAAAGUGGAUGAUGAGCCGAUGGCCAAAGAGGGAGGGGUCUGGCAGACAGUGAAAGACUUUUUCGAAAUUAAAAGCAUUCCCCCAACUCCUGAAAUCUAUGAGCAGCGCAAGAAAAAGCUGGCUGGGGUUAGUCCCAAGUUCCACUUCAAGAAGAUGGGGCUAGGGUACUUCCUCACCACCAAUCUGCUGAAUCCUGGCUCCAAGGUCAUUGAAAUUGACAAGAGGGUUGGGAUGCGCUUUCCUGGGAAUAUGUUGCUGGUGGGCCGUGUUGUUCAGGGGGUUGAUAGUAUUACUGGCAAAGCCUAA